AUGGACGUGGACGUGGACGUGGACAUGGAGGUGGACGUGGACGUGGACGUGGACAUGGACGUGGACGUGGACGUGGACGUGGACGUGGACAUGGACGUGGACAUGGACGUGGACGUGGACGUGGACGUGGAGUGGACGUGGAGUGGACGUGGACGUGGACGUGGACGUGGACGUGGACGUGGACGUGGACGUGGACGUGGACGUGGACGUGGAGGACGUCGACGUGGACGUGGACGUGGACGUGGACAUGGACGUGGACGUGGACAUGGAUAUGGACGUGGACGUGGACGUGGACGUGGACGUGGACCUGGACGUGGACGUGGACGUGGACGUGGACAUGGACGUGGACGUGGACCCAUGGUCGUGGACGUGGACGUGGACGUGGACGUGGACAUGGACGUGGACGUGGACGUGGACAUGGACGUGGACAUGGACAUGGACAUGGACGUGGACGUGGACAUGGACGUGGACCUGGACAUGGACAUAGACGUGGACGUGGACGUGGACAUGGACGUGGACGUGGACAUGGUCGUGGACGUGGACGUGGACGUGGACGUGGACAUGGACGUGGACGUGAACAAGACGUGGACGUGGACGUGGACGUGGAGGUGGACGUGGAGUGGACGUGGACGUGGACGUGGACGUGGACGUGGACGUGGAGAACUUGGACGUGGACAUGGACGUGAACGUGGACGUGGACGUGGACGUGGAGGACUUGGACGUGGACAUGGACGUGGACGUGGAGUGGACGUGGUCGUGGACGUGCACGUUGACGUGGACGUGGACGUGGACAUGGACGUGGACGUGGACGUGACGUGGACGUGGACGUGGACGUGGACGUGGACGUGGACAUGGAGGUGGACGUGGACGUGGACGUGGACAUGGACGUGGACGUGGACGUGGACGUGGACGUGGACAUGGACGUGGACAUGGACGUGGACGUGGACGUGGACGUGGACGUGGAGUGGAGCUGGAGUGGACGUGGACGUGGACAUGGACGUGGACGUGGACGUGGACGUGGACGUGGACGUGGACGUGGAGGACGUGGACGUGGACGUGGACGUGGACGUGGAGAACUUGGACGUGGACAUGGACGUGAACGUGGACGUGGACGUGGACAUGGAGGACAUGGACGUGGACAUGGACGUGGACGUGGACGUGGACAUGGACGUGGACGUGGACGUGGACGUGGACGUGGACGUGGACAUGGACGUGGACGUGGACGUGGACGUGGACAUGGACCUGGACAUGGACGUGGACGUGGACAUGGACGUGGACGUGGACAUGGUCGUGGACGUGGACGUGGACGUGGACGUGGACAUGGACGUGGACGUGAACAAGACGUGGACGUGGACGUGGAGUGGACGUGGACGUGGACGUGGACGUGGACGUGGACGUGGACGUGGACGUGGACGUGGACGUGGACGUGGACAUGGACGUGGACGUGGACGUGGACGUGGACGUAGACGUGGACGUGGACAUGGACGUGGACAUAGACGUGGACGUGGACGUGGACGUGGACAUGGACGUGGACGUGGACGUGGACGUGGACAUGGACGUGGACGUGGACGUGGACGUGGACGUAGAGGACGUGGACGUGGACGUGGACGUGGACGUGGACGUGGACGUGGAGAACUUGGACGUGGACAUGGACGUGAACGUGGACGUGGACGUGGACGUGGAGGACUUGGACGUGGACAUGGACGUGGACGUGGAAUGGACGUGGACGUGGACGUGGACGUUGACGUGGACGUGGACAUGGACGUGGACGUGGACGUGACGUGGACGUGGACGUGGACGUGGACAUGGACGUGGACGUGGACGUGGACAUGGAGGUGGACGUGGACGUGGACGUGGAGGUGGACGUGGACGUGGACGUGGAGGUGGACGUGGACAUGGACGUGGACGUGGACGUGGUCAUGGACGUGGACGUGGACGUGGACGUGGACGUGGAGUGGACGUGGAGUGGACGUGGACGUGGACAUGGACGUGGACGUGGACGUGGACGUGGAUGUGGACGUGGACGUGGACGUGGACGUGGACGUGGACGUGGACGUGGAGGACGUGGACGUGGACGUGGACGUGGACGUGGAGGACGUGGACGUGGACAUGGACGUGGACGUGGAGAACUUGGACGUGGACAUGGACGUGAACGUGGACGUGGACGUGGACGUGGAGGACUUGGACGUGGACGUGGACGUGGACGUGGACAUCGACGUGGACGUGGACGUGGACGUGGACGUGGACGUGGACGUGGACAUGGACGUGGACGUGGACGUGGACGUGGACGUGGACAUGGACCUGGACAUGGACGUGGACGUGGACGUGGACAUGGACGUGGACGUGGACAUGGUCGUGGACGUGGACGUGGACGUGGACGUGGACGUGGACGUGGACGUGGACGUGGACGUGGACGUGGACGUAAAGGACGUGGACGUGAACGUGGACGUGGACGUGGAGAACUUGGACGUGGACAUGGACGUGAACGUGGACGUGGACGUGGACGUGGACAUGGACCUGGACAUGGACGUGGACGUGGACAUGGACGUGGACGUGGACAUGGUCAUGGACGUGGACGUGGACGUGGACGUGGACGUGGACGUGGACGUGGACAUGGACGUGGACGUGAACAAGACGUGGACGUGA